GCGUUGAUGACGCCACGAAACCGCUUCCGGUGGCGCGUGAUGCGGGUGCUGGCGUUGUGUCGGUGGCUGCGGGGCGGGACGGUGCGAGCCCUGAGGCUCGGGGCAGCCGCGGCGAGCUCCGCGCCGCCCUCGCAGGACAGCGUCACGGUGGAGGUUCUCGACCACCUGGAGCGCCUGGCCCUGGUGGACUUCCGCGAUGCCGAGGGCGUGGAGCGGCUGCGGGAGGCGGUGCGGUUCGCUGAGCGGCUGCGGGAGGUGAACACGGAGGGCAUCGAGCCGCUGGACUCGGUGCUGGAGGACAGGUGUCUGUAUCUCCGGGAGGACGACGUUACAGAGGGCAACUGCACGGCAGAGCUGCUGAAGAACGCCAGAGAGAAAGUAGAGGAAUAUUUCGUAGCCCCACCAGGUAACAUCCCUUUACCAGAGCUGGAAGAACGAGAUACUUUCCUGAAGGGUUCGUAGUGAGAGAACUCAAAUGCCAUUUCCAUCUUUGAUUUGGGAAAACUGUGGGCUGUGUGGUCACAACCGAAAUACCCCAGCACGACUUCUGAUCAAAAGAAGAGCACUUACUGUGCUGAACUUUCUGUCCCACCCUUCUGUAAAUUCUCUUGGUGCUGAAAUACCUGAUGUUUAUGAAACUGGAAGGCAGCAUGACAGACGAUCUCAGUGCUUCUAUUUAUCCGAUCAUCUUUUAUGUAUUUUAUAUUACUGAAUCGCCUGAGGGCUUUAAAGAGAACAUUAAAAACUGAAGGUUAAAACAAA